AAUAAUACCAGUUCGAAGACGAUCAUAUAAAAGCGAAUGCAAGUGAUCUAAAAAUUAUUCCAACCAGCACCUGCAGCGGCACAAACAUGUACACCAAGGUGGUAUCUUUCCUGUGCGCCCUAAGCAUCGCGACUGCGGUUCCCUGGCACGGGGAAUCGCUAGGAUACAAAGCAGUAGCAGUCACCGCUGCUCCCCAGUUAGCGUACAGUGCUGCACCCGCGCUGUCGUACAGUGCCGCUCCCGCAGUAGCAGCCGUUACAGCUGCUCCAGCCCUGGCGUACAGUGCCGCUCCCGCAGUCUCGUACAGUGCUGCUCCCGCAAUCUCGUACAGAGCCGCCCCUGCAGUAGCAGCCGUUACGGCCGCUCCCGCCCUGGCGUACAGUGCUGCUCCCGCCCUGGCGUACAGUGCCGCUCCCGCAGUCUCCUAUAGAGCUGCCCCCGCAGUAGCAGCCGUUACAGCUGCUCCUGCCCUGGCGUACAGUGCCGCUCCCGCGGUCUCCUACAGAGCUGCACCCGCAGUAGCAGCCGUUACAGCUGCUCCCGCUCUGGCGUACAGUGCCGCUCCCGCAGUCUCCUACAGUGCCGCUCCCGCAGUAGCAACCGUUACAGCUGCUCCCGCCCUGGCGUACAGUGCCGCUCCCGCAGUCUCGUACAGCGCUGCCCCCGCAGUAGCAGUCACCGCUGCUCCCGCAUUGGCCUACAGUGCUGCUCCCUCCUACUCCAGCCACGUCUCACACGUCGCGCCCGUCGCGUCUAAGACCUACGCAUCCGGUCCAGUGGUCAGCAAAACAAUUACUCCAGUUGUGACUGAGACUGUUUCAGCUCCAGUUCAUCACGUAUCUGCUUAUCACGCCGCACCUGUAGUGUCUGCCUACCGUGCUGCCCCUGUAGUGUCUGCCUACCAAGCAGCCCCUGUUGUGUUCCGUUCUGCACCGGUUGUUUCAGCCGUCCACCCUGCUCAUGUUGUCUCAGCCGUUCAUUCGUCGCCUGUUGUGUCGGCCUACCACUCCGCAUGGAAAAAAUGAGCGCAUUGAUUAGUUUUAAUUAAUGAUUUAACGAAUAUAAAAGCUGAUUUAAAAUAAAAAAUAUUAAAAUAGACUAAA